AUGGAUCUAACGGACAAAUUCGGCGACCUCUCGUCGCUGCUAGUAGAGCCGUCGGAUCCGAACCACCUAUCGCUGCUCUCCACUGGUGGUGGCCCAGGCGCUUCUGGUGGGUAUGAGAGGCAUGAGUCGAGUCAGAGGGCUGCUGCUGCUGGUUCUUCUCCUCCUCUUGGGCUUUCCGCUGCUUCUGCUGCUGGUGCUUCUGGUGCUGGUGGUGCUGGUGGUGCGCGGUCAGGGCUGGGUCUGCCUCCUCGCAAGGACCCCAAGGCACGGGGAUGGCAACAGCAGCAGCAGCAGCAGCAGCAGGAGUAUCAGCAGCAACAGCAGCAGACGCAUCAGCAAGAGCAGCACGUGUUUUCCCAGCAAAGACCACAGCAAGCAUCAGCAGCAGCAGGUGCCGCAGCAGCAGCACUGCAGAGACACCAUUCCAUGCACCCGCUCCUAGCCCCACGCGCAUCCCCCCUCACUCCCUCAGGCCUCCGCCCGCCUCCCCCUCUCACUCCUUCUCCCGCCCCCCGCAGACACGCCCGCUCCAACAGCAGCAGCAAUAUCCACAUCUCCAUCUCCCUACCGCCCUUAACCGCUCCUGACUCCUCCCAACGCCCUGCUGCUGACUCUGCUGCCGCCUCUGCUGCUUCCCUUAGAUCUCUGAUUGAGUGGAGCACGAGUGACGUGUGCUCGUGGCUCAUCCACUCUGUUGGCUUCCCAGACGGCAGUGGGCGAGAGUAUGCACGUGACUUGACGAGCAUCAGGUGGAUGGGCUUUCUCUCGUCGGCAACACACAUCUCUCUUUUUCCCCGCUCCCUUUCCUCCCUCAUCUUCCUCCCUCAUCUUCCUGCUCCCUCAUCUCCCCCAGAGUACGCACGGGACUUUGAUCAGCAUCAGUACGCACGGGACUUUGAUCAGCAUCAGGUGGACGGUCUCUCGCUGGUCGGCAUCACAAACUCCCACCCGGCUCUUGCUCGCAUGCGAUUGGCCGAUUACACCCUCUUCGAAUCCCAUCGUCGCCAGCUGGUAACCGCAGAGGCUGCUGCCCCUCCUGCCGCACACCACCCACCUCCACCGCUCUCAACCGUUGACUUCUCCUCCGCAUCUACCUCGUCUGCCGUAGAUUCUGCUGCAGCCGCUGGUGGUGGCAGUGCGGUGCUCUGCGGCGGUGCUGUGAACGGGGAAGGCCGGCCGGCAGCAGUGCAGUCUCCUGCCGCCCGGAUAAGCAGGCAGGGGAGCGGGGUGGCCGGGGCUGUGGGGGGGUGGUUUGCCGGUUGGGGAAGCAGGCAGGAAGGACAGCAGGAGUCUGAGGAAGAGAGGGAGAGUCCACGAGCUCUGGAAGAGAAGGAAGGGAGGAGAAGACGCAGCAAGGGAGAGGAGGAAGAGGGAGAAGAGGGAGAGGAGGGAGAGGAGGGAGAGGAAGAGGGGGAAGGAGAUGAGGAGGGGGAGGUGGUGGCGGCGGUGGUGGAGGAGGUGGUGUGUCUGCGAGGGGAGGUGACAGCAGCAGAGGAGAGGGAGUGCACCGUCAAAGCCCAGCUGUGUCACCUGGAUGACCUCCUGAAGGAGUCUCUGCUCGUGGAGUAUCUGCCCACCAGAACGAAAUGGGCGUCCACACCGAACGACCCAGCUACUCUCAAUGGCACCACCGCCACGGAGGAGGACGAGUGGGUGCCGCGCUUCGUGACGCUCACGCCCACCGACAUAGCAUGCUACCUGCACGCCACCGACCUGCACCCGCAGAUCACCCUCCCCGUCGCCUCCAUCGCCUCUGCCGGCACCCUCCACAUGGCCCCUGCACAUCCGGCUGUAGCAAAGGAGACAUCAUCUGCUGUAGCGCCGGCUGUAGCAACGCCGUCAUCACCAUCGGAGGAGUGGUUUGCGUUCCACGUGACGACCAGCUACGGGUUCAAGCUGGAAUGUGCCACUCGCAGCUGUGCCAAGCUCUGGCUGGCAACAGUGCAUGAGGUCAUUGCCAAUGCUGGCAUCAACUCCAGCUUUGAUGCAUCUCAAACAUGUCCAUCUAACCACCUCUCUUUCCUGUCCUCCUGUGUCAUUCUCCUUCCCUCUGUGCAGCUGCAGCUAUGGCUGGCGACAGUGCAUGAGGCCAUUGCCAAUGCUGGUAUCAACUCUACCACUGUCGGCAGCACCAUCCCGCUCCCUCCCCCCAACCUCACCUGCUCUUGA